AUGUUUGAUCCAGCACGAGGAGAUACUGAACUGCCUGCUUCUCGGAAGAGACUUAGAGUGGAGAAGGGUACUGUUAAAAGAUAUGGAGGGUCUUUAACAGUGGACGCCGCCGAGAUUAGGGUGAAAGAGUUGGGUAUGGAUUCGAGUUUGGUGGAGAAGGUGUUGAAUGAACAAGAUGGAUUAUAUGCGGUUGAAGAAGAGCACCAGUUAGAGACGAGCACCGGUCUGGAGUGGCGGUUUGUGGCUAUUGUGCAGACAUGCAUUGGGGAGAUGACUAUUGUGGAGUCGACGAACCAAUUUAUACACACAAAAGUGGUUAAUGAAGGUGAAGUUAUUAACUGGAUCGUCGUUUAUGCUGCUCCCACGGCUAGUAAAAGAAGUGGGCUGUGGAAUAGGAUAAGCGAUGCAAUAAGGGGUGUGGAUGGACCAGUCGUGGUCGAAGAUGAAUUUAGUACUAUUCUUAGACUACAUGAGAGGUCUGGAGGGAAUGGUCGCGUGUCUUCAGAUUCACUACCAUUUGGUGAGUGGAUUCAUGAGCUAUCGUUGAUUGAGAUGGGGUUUAAAAGCAAUAAUAAUAUGUGGAGGAGAAGUCGAGAAGCGAGGCGACAGUUACACAUCUCUCUUUUCUUGCAUGCACCUCUAUUAGUGCAGCUUUUGCCGGAGAUGAGCAGUAAUCCAAGAAGACAACCUUCUUGGUUUGAAGCAAUGUUUUUAAUGCAUCCGGGAUUCAAAGAGUUGCUAUUAACCUCAUGGAAUGGGAGUGUUAGUGCCCAGGUGGCACUUAAGAAGCUGCAAAUGACAUUAAGAAAAUGGAACAAGGAGGUUUUUGGAGAUGUUCAAAGGCGUAAAGAGAAGUUACUCAACGAGAUUAAAGAGAUUCAAGAGAUAAUUGAUAUGAAUCAAACAGACCUCCUCCUUAAACGGGAAGCUGAGUUAUUAAGAGAGUUUGAUUUAGGUCUUGACCAGGAGGAAGUUUUAUGGUUUCAAAAGUCUAGAGAGAAAUGGAUUGUUCAUGGGGAUAGAAAUACAAGUUUUUUCAUACCUCUAAAAUCAUUCGCUAGAGAUUAUAAAUCCUACAAAGAUUUGCGAGAAGAGUAA